UAUAAGAAAGCAUCCUGAAGUAUUUGAGACUAAGGUUGGUUGCCGUAAGUAACGAUUAUUAUAUAUCAAUAUACAACCUUUAGUGAUUGUAAUAUUAUAAACGUAAGCUGUAAAUUGGCUGUAAAUACUACACCAUUGUGGUUAGCUAAAAGAUGGUAAUUCUGAUUUACAACCGUUAUAUUUACUUGACUUUUGGUUACGGAGACCAACACUAUUUGAGACCUGGUUAUAUCAAAAUCUAUCUUCAGUUCAUUAUAAUGCAUCAUGUGCAGGUUUUCUUUUUAAGCCCUGCUUGACCAUUCCGCUUGCAGAAUUAUUUAAUGCGAAAAGUUGUAAGGAACAUGAUCUUUUACCAAUAUAGAGAAUAUUGAUAAGCUGAAUUUACUCUCUUAUGAAGCAACUAUUCGUAACUUUGAUGACCGUAACUCGGCCAUAUUUAGUUCAAAUGGUACUAUGAAGGAUGGAUUCAAUCUGCCUGCGUUUCUCAAUAAUCCUACUACUGCUUUCUUUAUGCCGGAAAAAGAAGCUGGCCCAGAUUUGGUGUGCAUUGUUGAGUUCCAUACUCCAAAUGGCAUUGUCGAGGUUCCCCUUUUUCUUCAGGCAAAACUAGUGAAAGACCCACCCGGUGACACAGGAGGUACAACAGAUCCGUACCAUUUCUAUUCUCAUGGAAAUAAACGAACUGAGUUGAAAGAGAAGCUAAGAGGUGAAAUGCUUGAUUGCUUAGAAUCAAAGUAUUGUAAGGCACAUGAGCUCUCGUGGAUCCGUUUUCUUGUAGUUUUUCCUGCUGAAACUAAACAAAGAACGGUAGCUUCUUAUUAUAAUUAUUCAAAAGCAAAUGAACUAUUUAUUGUAAUCGAUCCUUCUAAUGCCGAACUUUUCUUUUCAAGUUUUGGUCAUAAUGUGUUGAAAGAAUUGAAACGUAUAGCAGACAAUGAUAAGCUGGAGUCGGAGCGAGCAACUAAAAAGAUUAAAACUAGCGAUUAAGUUACAAAUCAUUUUUUAACAAACUGUUAAAGUUAAUACAAGUGGUAAAUCAAUGUUAAGAGAUAGUCUAAACUUAAAAAAAAUUACGCAUGUGCAUGGACUUAAUGAUGAUAUAGAAUAAAAUUUUAAUAUAUCAUUCAGAUCGCUAUACAAUGGUUUACCUGUAUAUACUGCGGAUAUUACAAUGAUACCAAUAACUAGUUUAGGUUAUAAAGAAACCGUGACAUUUUGUCACGAUGUACGUAAAAAUUGUAAAUGUUGUAACGUGCAAAAAAUAAAUAUAUAAGUUCGGAUCACUGCGU